CUCCGCCUCCUUGACUCACCACACAGCUCCUCCUCAGUCUUGCUCUUCACCGCCUCCUCUGCACCCACACGGAGUUCCUCGCAUCUCUUCUGCGCAGCCCCCGCAAGCCUCGCCGCACCUCCGUGGCCCUCGCCCACAGCACCACCACGCACACACAUUCACAUCGCCGCCCACACACACCGACAGCAACAGACACACACAGGCCAAAGGCAGCCGCUGUGCAAACCGUCCACGCAGCACGCACUCCCACAGCAACACCGUCAGUCAGGCAGAGUCGGUCCGCAGCUCAGUGUGCCCACGCAACGCAGUGGCUCUCGCACCACGCGUUGCCAUCGCACGGGAGGAGAGAACACCCUACUGGAGGUGCCACACCAACAUCACAACAGCCACGCAGCACACAGCAGUGAGGCCAGAAACAUAAUUGCACGGACAGCACCACCACUCACACAGACGUCACUCCCUGACGCCACACGCACAGAUGCACUUGACGCAGCUCAACACCGCAGGCGACAAGAGCAAAUGCGGUGA